AUGGUUAGUUCCGUGGUGGCAAACCCAAACGAAAGACUAGUAACCCACAGACUUGACGAGGAGGUCGAGUCCCGCGAGGACGCUUCCUACUCUAGAAAGCCGCGUUCGAGUGUCGCUAGGAGAGUUUUGGCAACGGUGGUUGUGUUAUCUUUCCUGGUGGGCGUAUCUGUUUUAUCAUAUUUUGUCGUUAGUAAGUAUAAAGCUUUGAGUGAGUUUAAGAGUUCGUUGAGUGAGCACUUGACUAAGAACUUUCCGGAGUUGGAGAUGAAUAAGCGCGACAGUUACUUUGACGAGUUGACUCACCUGUUUCGCGCUAAUCUUAUAUCUAAUGACCCGAAACUUGAACUUGAGGUGUACAUGGAGUUUGAGUCAUUUAACGCCAAAUACCACAGAGUGUACAAAUAUGACAAGGAUCGCCGCGAGAGAUUCGUGAAUUUCCGUGACAGCUAUUUGGAAGUGAAGGAGCAACGGGGAACUGAGAUGUAUACAAAGGGAAUCAACAGAUUCAGCGAUCUCUCCGAAAAGGAGUUUUACCAAAUGUUUAAGCCUGUCAAGGUUCCAACCUUUGAGAAGUUGCCAUCAUCUAGUACCGAUGACCUCGAUUUAUCUAAGCUGAACGGAGAAGAUCUGGACUGGAGAAAGGCGAAAACCGUAAGUCAAGUGAAGGACCAGGGCGACUGCGGUGGCUGCUGGGCUUUCGCAACCGUGGGUUCAGUAGAAUCCUUCUACCUCACGCACAAGGACGUAGUCUACAGCCUGAGUGAGCAGGAACUGUUGGACUGCGACCCAAACAGCUUUGGAUGCAACGGAGGCUUCCCAGAGUCCGCUCUGAACUACGUAAGGAGAUACGGCCUUGCAUCAGCAAAUGACCUGCCGUUCGUCGGACACGACAAGAAGUGCUCAGUGCCAGAUGUCAAGAAGGUUAAGAUCUCAGACUACUACGUAUUCAAGGGCAAGAACAUCAUGAACAAGUCGCUCGUAGUCACACCAACGGUAACCUUCAUGGGAGUAUCGCCCGAAUUCACUAAGUACCAGGGCGGGGUAUACAACGGAGUGUGCGCAGACAAGCUCAAUCACGCAGUACUCCUGGUCGGCGAGGGCUAUGACGAGAAGCUUAAGACCAGAUACUGGGUAGUUAAGAACUCCUGGGGAACAGACUGGGGUGAGGACGGAUACUUCAGACUCCAGAGAACCGACGAAGGAUCCGACAUGUGUGGCAUACUGGACACAGGAUUCUACCCAUUCUCAUACUAA